GAAUUGUGAAUGACAAAGAUUCUAAAGAUUCCAUUACGGAAGGAGAGAACCUGGAAGAGGAUGAAGAGGAGGAAGAAGGUGGAGCAGAGACAGAGGAACAGUCUGGAAAUGAGAGUGAAGUAAAUGAGCCAGAAGAAGAGGAGGGCUCUGACAAUGAGGAAGAGGAAGGUGAAGAAGAGGAGGAAGAAAACACAGAUUAUCUUACAGACUCCAAUAAGGAAAAUGAAACCGAUGAGGAGAAUACAGAAGUAAUGAUUAAAGGAGGAGGGCUUAAGCAUGUCCCUUGUGCAGAAGAUGAGGACUUCAUUCAGGCAUUGGAUAAAAUGAUGCUGGAAAAUCUCCAGCAACGGAGUGGUGAAUCUGUUAAAGUUCAUCAGUUGGAUGUUGCUAUUCCUCUGCAUCUCAAAAGUCAGCUCAAAAAGGGUCCCCCGCUUGGAGGUGGGGAAGGAGACUCAGAGUCUGGAGACACAAUGCCAUUUGUCAUGUUAACACGAAAAGGCAACAAACAGCAG